AUGCCACACUAUGCAAAGUUUCUGAAGGAGAUAUUGGCAAACAAAAGGAAACUAGGAGAUGUGGCUACAGUUGCACUGAAUGAAGAAUGCUCAGCAAUCCUCCUCAACAAGCUGCCUCAGAAACUGAAAGAUCCAGGGAGUUUCACUAUUCCUUGCACUAUAGGUAGUUUGAAAAUUAACAAGGCAUUGUGUGACUUAGGAGCUAGUAUAAAUCUGAUGCCCUAUUCGAUUUUUAAGAAAUUAGGGUUGGGUGAACCCCAACCGACUAGAGUUGCAUUGCAAUUAGCUGAUAAGUCCAUCAAGCAUCCUAGGGGAAUCAUAGAAGAUGUGCUUGUUAAGGUUGACAAAUUCAUUUUUCCCAUGGACUUCAUAGUGUUAGACAUGGAAGAGGAUGUUGACGUCCCACUUAUUCUAAGUGAUGAUUCAUGUUAUAUGAUAGAUGUCAUUGAUUAUGCGGUUGGUGGAUGUUUUCAGGUCAACGGUCAGCGCCUCAAACCAUACAUAGCGGAUGGAGCAUUGCCUACCCCAUCAACUGUGUACCUAGAUGUUCAUUGA